ACGGAUGCCUCGAGAGAACAGAAAGCACCGCGCUGAUGUGUGCGGAAGCGAAAUCACAACCAGGUUGAAGUGCUGUGCCGAGGUACCGUACAGAGCCAGACGCCCGAAACGAGGAAGAAGCGCCGAUCUCCACGCCGGUUAGAUAUGAGUGUUAGCGGCAUGUUGCAUUUUGCAAACCUGAGCACGCUCCUCGUCUGCAUGGUGCUGAAAUUCCCGCAGAUGUUCGUGCUGAUGCAAAGCAAAUCCUCCGAAGGUGUCAGCCUGCACAGCUUGAUCCUGGAGCUCAUCGGGUUCAUUGUGUUCAAUACUUACCAGGUUUACUAUGACUACCCACUGCCCACCUACCUGGAGUAUCCCAUUCUCAUUGCUCAAGACGCCAUCCUGCUCCUGCUGAUCCUGCACUACAAUGGCAACUUGAAACAGAGUUUAUUCUAUGCAUCCCUGUUCACAGGGGGCUGGCAGCUGCUGACUUUAGAGAAGUGGAUCAUCGACUGGGCCAUGAGUUUGUGCACCUUCAUCAGUGCGGCGAGUAAGAUGACCCAGCUGCGCUGUCUGUGGAGCUCCAAGGACUCUGGGCAGGUCAGCGCACUCACAUGGGGACUGGCGACCUACACCUGUCUGGCGAGAAUUUACACCACAGCCGUGACGUCUGCCGACACCCAGGUUCUGGUCCGUUUUGUCGUCAUGACGAUACUGAACGGGUGGGUUACAGCAGCCGUGCUGUACUACCGACGCCGCAGGACAAAGCAGGACUGAGCCUGUUGUCACGGAGACAUGGGCCUUCCUGUCGUUACAGCUGUAGCAUGGAAGCUUCCAGAUGGAUAUGUUGUUCUCUUCCCCCCCGCCACCAGCUGGUGUUACACCAAAAAUCCUUUGUCAUGUUCUUCUUUUGGCGCAAAUGUUACAUUUUUAUAUAAACUUUUCCCAGUUUCUGCCACCUUCUUAUUGUACUCGGCAGAACAAAGUGAAACAUUGGUCUGUUUCCCAUCUGAAACUUCCUUCCUUCUUUGGAAUCGUAUCCCAAUCACGUCCCUUUUCACCCUUCCUGCGUCCUCUUGGUUAAUAGGUUGGUUCAGCCUGGCCAUGAGGAACAUCCCCUCCUCCGGCUGCUGAGUCAGGAUGAGUCAGAACAGAACAGAUGGUUCUGGGUGUUUCGGUGGCGAUGUCGAGAUCAAACCCCCCCCCCCCCCCGAAAUCAUCCAGUUAAUGACAGGAGUCGAAACCCAAAGGCUACAUUAUUUUAUUGUCAAAUAGACUAACAUUAACACAGCAGUAUAAAACAUGCAGUAUGAACAUAGCACUUUUAAAUAUAAAGUGGACAGGCUGAUAUAAAUAAUACAUUUACGUAAGAUGGCAUGUAAAAGAUUAUACUGCAUAUAAUCCUAUGGAGCGUGUCGUUCACAAAGCUCGUCACGUACGGACAUCCUCACCGCACACGGAACUCUAUACGGAAAAAAACAGAAAAUCUGCUACAGCGACCUGCAGUAAAAUACUUCAGAGCAUGUGGAUGGGUUGUCUGCAGUUAAUAUUUUAUUUCUUUAGCAAAAACUGACCACAACCUUUUUAAAGUUUUU